CGGGAAAAUGUAAACAGUAGUGCUGAGACGUUGGACUCAUUUUUGCGAAUCAGUUCGUUCGAACGCUGAAUGAUUCUUCUUGAACGUAUCGUUCUAACGUGAACAAUUUCUUUAAAAAAACUGAACAUUUCUCGUACACACUGGUCGGGAUCCGCAGGAUGGUCACCUGAAAAUCAAACAUGAGAUUCUUUCGCCGGAAAAUAGCGAUCAUAGUUGUUUUGGCUUAUGCGAUAUUUUCACUGUAUGCCGCGUAUAAUGUGUUUUUCAGUAAGAGGGUUAUUUCUCGCGUUCAUCGAGUAGUGAAAAAAGGCACUGUGAUUUUAGAUAAUGGAAAAGGAGGAGAGGAAGAGUGGAACCCAUGGGAAGAGGAUGAGCGUGCACACUCAUUAGUUCUGCAAAAACGAAGAAAUGCCUUCAGAUCAUAUCAAAAUCAUGUUGCUAAAAUCAGGCCAAAAACAUAUAAAGUUCAGAUCUGGGGCAAAGCAGCCAUUGGACUUUAUUUGUGGGAACAUAUUUUAGAAGGGCCUCUCAUCCCAGCAGACAAAUCCAGCCAAUGGAGAGAAGGAGAGAUUCAGUCUGGGAAGAUCAAUUUCAGUUUCUACACAGGCCCAGCAGUGGUCCAAGGGCAUGUUUCUCUAGACACAGACAGUGUGGUGUUGGUUUUGAAUGGCCGUGAGCAGCAGAAAAUCUCCUACUCCAUCCAGUGGCUUCAGCAUGUCCAGGGUCUGGUGCAGGCCCGCACUGUCUCUCGGGUUGCUGUGGUCCUUUUGGGCAACGAGCGGUGCAAUAAUGACUGGAUCAGUCCUUACCUUAAGAGGCACGGCGGGUUUGUGGACCUGCUCUUUCUUGUGUACGACAGUCUUUGGGUCAACGAUAAAGACAUCUUUCAGUGGCCCCUGGGUGUUGCCACAUACAGGCAUUUCCCAGUGGUCACACUUAGCGGUCAGAUGGUGAAAACUGUAAGACCAUACCUCUGCAACUUUCUUGGGACUAUCUACAAAAACUCAUCCAGAGAAACUCUGAUGGACAUCCUGAAGCAGAGCGCCAUGGAGAAAGAUUGCCUCAUGCAUGUUAGAGAGAAGUGGCUUCCUCAAGAGACUGCAGACACCUCCAGACAGUACCAGAUGGCAUUAGCACAAAGUGACCUCACUCUCUGUCCGGUGGGAGUGAACACAGAGUGCUACCGCAUCUACGAAGCCUGUGCCUAUGGCUCUGUGCCUGUGGUGGAGGACGUCCUGACUCCGGGGACCUGUGCAGUUGGUAACCGGUCCCCGCUCCGACUUCUUAAAGAUGCAGGAGCACCCUUCAUCUUCCUCAAGGACUGGAGGGAGCUUCCUGCCAUCCUGGAAAGGGAGAGAGGGAUGAACCAGAAAGAAAAAACAGAGAGGAGGAUGAGACUGCUGGAGUGGUACAGUGGCUUUCGUCAACAGAUGAAGGACAAAUUCACAGAGGUAUUGGAGGAAGCCUUUUUCAAAAACUUCUAGUUUGGAGAACAUUAAUAGAGUCCCAUAUAAAGAAUUAAAGACAGCGAGCAGAUGCUAUGCAUCAACAUCCAUUUUCGUUUGUCUUGUCACUUAAUUUUAUUAAGAGCCGUUCAUUCAUUUGGUGUUUUACGUGUUGUUUAGUUGUUUUUAUACAUGCUACUGUUUGUUAUACAUGGUUCACCAUAUGCUGCUGUGCAUUAAUGCCCUCCAUGUUUACUGUAAAAUAUUAAUUUAUUAAGUCAAUUGAAAUAAGUUUUGUAUUUUGUCUUUUUUUUUUUUUUCUUGAAGGUGUCUUUUGCUUUCAGCAUUUAUUUUACUUUGAUCCCGCUUGAUCUUUAUUUAUCAAGCAUUUAGUCUUGCAUACAUUGCUGGAGUGGAUGUCAUGUACACUUAAAAUAAAAGUUACAAAAAUGGUUAACUAAACUGGUUGUUGUAUUUGCUAGGACAUUACCAUGAAUUUUCAUUUCCAGUGACAGUGUUUCGGGCAUUUUGGUGAUUUUAUAUCUUAAAGUUUAUAGCUGUAUACGUAACUACAUUAGUGUAUUAAUGUACUAACAUGUUUGAAUCAGAAACAAACAGAGCGACUAAUGUAGUCUGAUUCCCAAAAUAAUGAUCCGGUUCUGUUUAGUGAAUCAAAAAACUUUCCCGAACUGUAUUAAGUGAAUCACUGUGUUACUCCUACCCCUCAUAAUAUUCUACUGCUAUUUAGUUAUUUAAUCAAUCUUAUAUUGUAUUAAUAUAUACGUAGUUUAAUAUAUCAUGUGCAUUAAGUGGUAAAAGUGUAUGUAUUCGAAUAUAAAAUAGUUUUGAGUUUUAUUUUUGUUUUAAAUGUCAACUUAUUUUUUCAUGUGUUUGUUGAUUAUUUUUCAAACUUGUUUGCUGUUGUAAAAUAAAAUAUUUCCUAUUUGUUUAUACAGUAUAUAUUUCAGGUAAAAUUAAAUUGGUGGUGGGGAUGGUAUUUGAACAAAUCAAAUUAAUAUUUUCUAUUAGAGUUACUCACAUUACACCCUAUGGUAUUAAAAUAGUUUUAAACAUGUAUAUUUUAACAAAUAAAAUUAAUAUUUUCUUGAAUUACUUAC